GUUUUAAAGAAUAUGGGAAUGUCAUGAUGCUUCUGGGGCGAAAGAUUACAAGAUUGUAGGAGUCAUAAAGUAAGAAAUCAAAAUAGAAAAAAUAAGAAAAAAUGAGAUAUAUUAGACCAUUUUCCGAAAAUACAUAGAAGUGUUAAUAGUAGUAGCCAAGAAGAAGACUCUGGCAAAGACGACUCUAAGAUUCAAUGGGAAUUUUCAGAUGAUAGUUUUGAGGGUCAAGAUAGCGUAUCCGAGUUGGGAGGCAUGUAUAAUAGAAAGGAAUUAGAAAGCACAGUUGGUACAGAAGGAGAAAGGAAAUUUUCAGAAGAAGGAAAGGAAGAAUAUGGGAAUAAAGGUAUAAUAAAUCCAAGAUUCGAUUGAUUCAUCAAUUCCACACUUCAGGUUCUGCUUUCAAUUCCAGGAUUUGUAGAAUAUUUUUAUGGCAAUAAUGUCAAUAUUAUUGGAGAUGAUUUGAAAUUAAAUACUUAUUUUGAUGAAGUUGAAGGAAAUGACAAAAGAUACUCAUCAAGAUUAAGACAACUUAUGAUUAAAUAUUUCUCUCACCAACCAGGGCCUGUAAAUAAUGAAAGAUUCAGAGCACUAUUUGAUGGGGAGUAUCCUUCUCACGAGCAGAAUGACUCUUUACAAUUUCUUAUGAGCUUGUUCGAAUUACUCCAAUACGAGAAUAAUCCCAAAUGCCAAACAUUUUGAUCUUCUGGUCACAAUGAUGAUAAUGAGGCCUGGGAAAAGUAUAAGGCCGAGAACACUUCUAUCAUUGAUAAGUUGUUCGUAGGGAUGUAUAAAACAACUUUUAAGUGCAAAGAUUGAAAUGAAGGAGUUGAAGUAUACGAAGAAUUUAAGAGUUAUCCAUUAGAAUGCUAUUCCAAGAAACAAAAGAAAAGCUUUAGAUCUUUCAUCAAAGAACCUAAAGUUGAUCACUCUCAGAUGAUGUGUAAAGCCUGCAAUGGAAUAAAGGAUUGCAAAAUUGUUAAGAAAAUAAUUCGACACCCCAAGUACCUUAUUUUUGCCUUCCAGAGAUUAGAUACUUCUACGAAUAAGAAAAUUACUGCUAUGAUGGAUCUCCCUAAAAAAUUCACCGUUCAAUCUUCAGAUAACAACCCCAUCACCUUCUCUCUUCACAGCUGCAUCCUUCACUUCGGAAGCCUCAAUUCCGGCCACUACACAGCCAUCUGCAAAAGAGGUUCCUCCUGGUACCACUUCAACGACUGCCAAGUUACAAAAAUCCCAAACAAGGAAGUGAAAACUUCAAACGCAUACAUUCUGUUCUACAAGCAAGAAAACUAACAAAGUUCUUACAGUUCUUAAUUUCAACCACUAUUCUAG